AUGAGUCGCUGUCAGGCUUCAUCCAGCAGAUCCUCGGCACCGUUUGAACCUAUCAAUGAUGUUGCACUGGGAUCUCUGAUUAUCAUUCAGACUGGCGAUGAAGACGAUCAGAUAGAGUCGUUUCUCAAGCCAGCCAUCGGCAAGGCUUUGCUUUUCCUCUUCACGGAUCAUGUUCAAGAUGCAUUCAAGGCCGCUAUGAAGGAGCUGGGUACGAAAUACGAUAUCUUGACCUGGUGUGAACAGCAAGAUGACAGCAGCUCCGUGGAUGGCGCCGUGGAUCGGUUCUUCAUGCGCGAAAUGAUCGAGAACGACCUGUACAUCGGGUAUGGCGGCACGGCCGACUCGGAACAUCUGGCCGAGACCCUUCUCACCGUGGAAUAUGAGCAACGGGGUUACACAUCCGUUCCUGGUUAUGUGUGCUUGAACAAGAAGGCUAGUCCUCUCUUUUCCUUUACUACAGCUUUGAAUCUCUCCCUGACGAGCCAACAGAUCGUCGGGCAGCUUGCAGAAUUUGCCCAGGUCCAUCGCUUGAGCCAAGACAUAAAGGCGAUGUACCAACUGCAGGUACCCAUAGUCACAGCAAUUAUCCAUGGCUGGGCCAAGCUGAUGGCGGCCGACUCGCUGAUCUACGCUCCCAUUAAUGCCAGCUUGCGAGUACAUGGGCACCCCCAUAUGGAGCCGCAACUGAAGUCGUCAAUGAUUCGUGCCGCCUACGAAUUCGGAAACGAUAUGAUCCGACGAAUCUUCGGCGGCAAUAUCGAGUUCCAUCGCCUAGGGAGAUACAACCAGGAUUGUAACCCUGCGGGAUUCGUCGUGAUCUACGCCCAGAAAUCCCCUAACGAAACCGAGACCGCCCCGGGCCCCUCCAGAAACCCCGAGACCAGCAUCAAGAGACUUCCCGACGCAUUGAUGAAAAUGGUCAUGGUCAACGGCAAAUGGGUCAAUAGGCAGCUCGAGAUUGAACGAGAAUACCCAUUAAGGGAUAUACGCGAAGAGCUCUACAAACUGCAAACGAAGCCUGCAGAGGAGAAUGGGGUUGACAAUGAGGAGAAUGGGAUUGACAAUGAGGAGAAUGGGAUUAACAAUCAGGAGAAUGGGAUUAACAAUAAGGAGAAUCGGAUUGACAAUGAGGAGAAACGGAUUGACAAUGAGGAGAAUGGGAUUGACAAUGAGGAGAAUGGGAUUGACAAUGAGGAGAAUGGGAUUAACAAUCAGGAGAAUGGGAUUAACAAUAAGGAGAAUCGGAUUGACAAUGAGGAGAAACGGAUUGACAAUGAGGAGAAUGGGAUUGACAAUGAGGAGAAUGGGAUUGACAAUGAGGAGAAUGGGAUUGACAAUGAGGAGAAUGGGAUUAACAAUAAGGAGAAUCGGAUUGACAAUGAGGAGAAACGGAUUGACAAUGAGGAGAAUGGGAUUGACAAUGAGGAGAAUGGGAUUGACAAUGAGGAGAAACGGAUUGACAAUGAGGAGAAUGGGAUUAACAAUCAGGAGAAUGGGAUUAACAAUAAGGAGAAUCGGACUGACAAUGAGGAGAAACGGAUUGACAAUGAGGAGAAUGGGAUGGACAAUGAGGGGAAUGGGAAAUAG